UAAGGUGUAUUCUGAUUGGCUGAGGUCAACGUCACGUUCCGUAGAGGAACCCUCAGAGCGGCAAAAUGGCGGAGGUUGUGGAGCUGCACAAACUCAAGCUUGCUGAGCUGAAGCAGGAGUGCAUCGCCCGGGGUUUGGAAGUAAAAGGAAACAAACAGGACCUGAUCAACCGUCUACAGGCAUACCUGGAUACACACGUUGAAGAGGAGGUCAAUGAAGAGGAAGUCUUGGGAGAUGACACAGAGGAGGAACCGAAAGAAGUAGAAGCAGAGCAGCCACACUUGGAAGAAGAUGUUGCUAUUGAGAAGGAGGAUUUGACAUCCGGGAACCAAGAGAAGAAUGUGGUUAAAACAACGCCUCCCAUUUCGCUCGAUGAGAGGUUGCGUCUCCGAGCCGAGCGUUUUAAUGUGCCUGUAACAGCAGACAGUAAGAAGGCCGCCAGGGCAGCCAGGUUUGGCAUGGCAUCUACUCCCCUGACAGGAUCUUCAGUGACCAGCAAACCAAGCGUGAAUGUUGACCAGCUGAAGAAGAGAGCCCAGCGCUUUGGGAUGAACGUGUCUUCAGUUUCAAAGAAGGCUGAGGAGGAUGAGAAGCUGAAGAAAAGAAAGGAGCGAUUUGGGAUUGUCACCAGUGCUGCUGGAACGACAGAGGACAAUGAGGCAAAGAAGAGGAAGCGAGCAGAGCGUUUUGGGAAUGUGUAGCAGUGCUGGCAGCUCCUCUUCCAUUGAUGCCUCCACUUGCUCAGCAUAAUUUUGCCUUUUUAAAUAUAUAUGUGUGUUCCUUCAUUUUGAUGUUUUUAGCAGAUGUUUUUAAAAAUUUCUAACAUUUGGUUUUCUUUUUUUUUUUUUUUUUGUUUUGUUUUUGCAUGUUAGGCCAUGUCAUAAUUUGGUGAUGUUACACUGUGCCAUUCUAAAUGUCCUGUGCAGCUCUCGGAGAGGCAUGUGGGCACUGGUAAAUGAACUGGUGUUCCAGAGCUUGUGUACAUCUCCAGUUGUGGUAGUGGCCGGUCCAGGAGAUCCUAAACUGUUUUCCCAGCUGUGCUGGCUAUGCAUCUUUCCUUCUGUUUUAUUGAACGACUGCAGCUGAUUACCUACAUCUGUUUUUUGAUUGUUCUUUUUUUUUUCCCUCAUUACUGGUUAUUUUAAUUCUUUUUUUUUUUUGUUUUGUUUUGUUUUUUAACUAGACUGUCUGCCAGUCAUUUGGGAAUUCUGUUUUGGAAAGUGUUUUAUCAAGGAAAUAAAACUGUAGACCAAUAACAUUUUACAAUAAAA